AUGGUGUGUCUUAGAGAGAGAUAAGGAGGUCAGCCAAGCCCCCGACCUGCCCAACUUCCCGCAGGGGGCAUGAUCUCUGUCAUCCGCCUGCGUCGGAAGUUUCGAAUCCUUCGCAAGAGCCGCAUGCGUGCCAACCUUCCCGGGGAAGCAUCCUUGGCCCUGAACCCAUCCCCAUCCCGGCUGCUCCAGAGACAGAUCUCCCUUGACCGGGCCAAGCUGUGCAGCACCCCCAUGUCCCUCCUGCACUCCCGGGCCCACUUCGAGAAGCCCCAGUACUUCACCUUUGAGGCCCCUGUGGAGUCAUCCUCCCGGAGGAGGAAGAAGCCUCGCAGGACCCGGGUGGUGCUGUACCCAGAGAGCUCCCGGAAAUACCUCCCCAUCGAGCAGAAGAGCAAGGCCAAACGCUGCCUGCUCCUGCUGGUGGCAAUCGUCUGCUUCCAGAUCCUCAAUGCCAUCGAAAACCUCGAUGACAACCUACAGAAAUACGACCUGGACGGGCUAGAGAAAGCCCUACAGCGUGGUGUGUUUGGCCAGAAGGCUGCCACAGACAACAUCAUGGAACUGCUGCGGGAUUACCUGGCCACACACAUCCACAGCCAGCCGCUGGUCAUCUCGCUCAAUGGUCCAAGUGGAGUGGGCAAGAGCCACGUGGGCCGGCUGCUAGCCAAGCACUUCCGCUCUGUGAUGGAGGGUGAUUUUGUGUUCCAGUAUUAUGUAAUGCACCACUGUCCGGACCGUCAGGAAGGCCUCACCUGCCAGCAGGACUUGUCUGAGAAGAUCACAGACAUGGUGACCCGGGCUGAAGUGGAGGAAAAGAUUCCUGUGUUCAUCCUGGACGAGGUGGAGUUCAUGUCCCCAGGCCUGCUGGACACUCUGCAUGGCUUCCUCCAGCCUCGGCAGUCCAAUGAGUUCCUCAAUGCCAUCUAUGUGCUCAUCAGCAGCAUUGGAGGCAGCGAGAUCACACGCUUCGUCCUGCAGAAUGUCUCCAGCGAGCUGACUCCCCGGCGCCGUAGCGAGGAGCUCAGCCAUACUGUGCACACCCUCCUGGUAGGCAGUCACCCGCUCUGGGAGACCGCCCAGGUAGUCCCCUUUGUCCUUCUGGAAAAGUGGGACAUCAUGAACUGCUUCCUGGACGAGAUGGUAGGGGAAGGCUUCUACCCCGACCAGAGCCACAUCGAGAACCUGGCAGGGCAACUCAGCUACUAUCGCACCAAGGGUGGGGAGUUUGCUGUCACUGGUUGCAAGCAAGUGGUGGCCAAGGUCAACCUGUUAUAGUGGGCACCUUGCACUUCCUGCUCCUGUUCUUGCCUGUCUCCUUCACUUUUCCCUGGACUUUGAACCUACCAUAGGCAGGGCACCAAGGGCUUAGCAGGUUGCUCUUAUACUCCUCCAAGCUCUCACAUUUCCUGCUUUGACUAGGUGAUUCUUGACUUGGACAGUGUUCCUGGGCUUGUCCUGGAGAAUCCUGCCUCUGCAGGGCUUGGAGGAGACCCAAAGUGCUGCUCACUGGAGGAAGGCCGAAGCCUCUAUUUAUACACCAGACUUUAAGGCUGAUUCUCUGAAGAUUUUCCCCUAGUCUGGAUCUCUGGUUUCUCUGCAAAGGCAAAACACUCAUGAAGGAGCUUCAGGGCCCCCAGGAGCUGAGGAAAGGGCUGAUGCUGGAGUGCUGGAGGUCAGACUUGGGGAACUCUUCCCUUUACCCCUCCCCAACCCCCCACCUCCUAAGACUGAAGUCUAAACUCCUGCUUGAUCCCAGUGUCAGAACACCAACCCAGGUGGGAGUAAUGGAAGAAGAGAAGCUUUCCGGAAAAUUGAGACCCUGGGGAGGGAGGAGGCUGUCAAGACUGCCACAGCCUUACUGAUUCCCAAUAAAUGUCUGCCUGAUUCGUGUGCCUGAUUAAUAUUUAUGAUAAAUGGGUCCAAACUUUACUUUGUUUCCCCUGCUACAGACUGAUGUAAUUGGGCCAAGGAGAGAUCUGCAAAGCUCUCCACACACUGAUGGGGGGCACUGACCCCAGUCUGAUCUGUAACUCUGGGCACAGAUCAACCUUGACUACAGAUUGAAUUCUGGCCCUGGUCACAGCCUGGACCCUGACUCUCACUAACCACCUCUGAGAAUGUGAAUGUCAGUGUAGCCCAACCCACCUCCUCCCCAUGUGCACCAGAAGCAAUAGGUCAGUAUGUGACUCGGGGAGCUCUGCAAGAAGGCAUGGAAGCCCUGAACAGUCAAACGCUGUACUCACCUCAUGUUUCUAAUUUUCCCUCCCACCCUCGAAGGCUCUGCCCAUCCAUAGUCAGGCAGUCAGUCAGCAGGCAUUUAUGAAUCACUACGUGCCAGGUCCUGUACUAAGUGGGAAUAUAAAGGUAAAAGCAGGGUUCCUGCCUUCAGGGAGCUUGUAUUUAACAGGGGGGACAAAGUACAAAUGUAGAGACCUUCUAUAGGAAGUUUUCCCCAACCCCUUUUAAUUCUCUAUCUUCUUUCUGUUAAUUAUUUGCUAUUUAUCCUGUAUAUAGCUUGAUUUGUUUGCAUGUUGUCUCUCUAA